UAUAAAAGAACUAUUCGCUUGACAGAAAUAUGUUUGAAUUAAAGUGGCUAAGACGAAUAGUGAGAAAAAAGACUAAUCCAAUUCCAGUGGAUAUAGCUCAUAAAUAUAAAGGCCGAUUGAGCUUUGUGUAUGCUUUUAUAGCCUGGAAUGCAUUUGGAUUAGUAAUAUUUCAAAUAUUUAGAGGAAAAGCUGAUUGGGCAGAUCAUCAUGGACUUCCAAAAGAAGACGGCACAUCAGCACAGCAAUUCGCUAGAAUGUUAAAUAUCCAGAAGGCAAAAGUUGUUAGAAUUUCAGGCUUACAGACAGAACAGUACGACAUAGAUCAUACAACAAAUGAAACUGAAUAUGAUAAUAACAACUAA